AUGUCAAAAGUCCUUCAUGAUCAAACUAUUCAUUCGACCCCAGACUUUGAUUCAGAUUCAGACCCGAGUCUGGGCUCUUUGGAAACUCUCAGUUCGAGCGGUUUAGAAAGUUUAGCGGCGGAAACUUUUGAAAUUGUCAAAUUAAGUCCUAAAGUAUCAAUGCCAACGCUCAAUCCAACAGUGUCCAGAUCGUCUAUUAUACUUGAAGCGAACGGACAUCGACGAGGAAAACGUGUCCGUGAUGAUAAAUCCUAUUCAAACAAUCGGAGAGCAAGCACACGUGCCAGUCAUGUAAAUGCUUUGGAAUCAACUUCAAAGAGGCGUUCUAAACGAAUUCGUACCGGAAGGCGUAAACUUGCUCAAAUAAAUGCUGGCCCCAAACAAGCGUUGACUUUAGCAGAGAAGAUCUAUGAUGAAUGGAUACCAACAAAUAGUCAAAGAAUAAUUCACUCACACAUUAUUGGCGGCAUUGAACAGGUUGUCGCCGAGUUAAAAUGGACACUCAAGGCUAUCAAGGAUACUAUCGGUCUUACUCCAAAAUACAUGCGUUCUCCAUUUGGCGACACUGAUAACCGCGUCCGCGCAAUUAUAAAGGCAGUUGGUUUAAAAAGCAAGUAUCCGAUAGAUAUGUAA